CCAUCAAGAGGGACAGACGCACCUGCUUCUCUCUACUGACCGCUCGCAGUCAGUCUGACUCUGCAUCUCCUCGAUUAGGUUGUCUCCUGAUGGAGUUUGCGGUCUGCUUUUCUACCAGUGUGUUUAUGUGCUGAAGUUCAGCUGAAGUGAUGCGGGUUUGAGGACUGUUUCACUGAUGCGCGUCUCCGCCAGAAGAACAGCAGAAUGAAGGAAUAGGCGUUUCUCUCUCCUCCUUCACAAUGGGAUUAUUCAAACUUUAUUUUGCGCUUUGCACGGUCGGACUUUUCUAUGUGUCAGGUUUGGGUGUUGAUCCAGCCUUACAUGUGGAUAUCUUCCAAGAGAUCGACCUUGAGAAAUCAAGCGCUGGAGUUUCCCAAGUCCAGGGAUUCCACAAUGAGAGCAGAGCAUAUCAGUUUGAAGGUUCAUCAAGGAAUGCUAGAGCCUCCCUCAAGGCAGCAGAGAGGAUUCUUCAGAAGUUAAGAGGAAGAACUGAGUUCACUCUUCUGUUGACGCUCAAACAGGAGAAAUUCAGCUCAGGAGUGCUGCUGUCCAUACACUAUGGAGAACAGAGGUUUCUGGAGGUAGAGAGCAGCGGUCUGCGUAAUGAGAUCCGUCUCUUCUUCCAAACCCCAGACCAGCGGCAGCAGAGAGAGGUCUUCCCCUAUAGUCUAGCAGAUGGACACUGGCACAAAGUCUCGCUGGCAUUCAGUGCCACCCAAGUGGUGCUCCAUAUUGACUGCAACAGAAUUUAUGAACGGAUUGUGGAGAUACCAUCUAUGGACUUCCCCAGAGGAACGAACAUCUGGGUUGGCCAAAGAAAUGACGCCCAUGGAUUUUUCAGGGGAGUGAUGCAAGAUGUUCAGUUAGUAGUCGUACCUCAUGGAUAUGUCGUCCAGUGUCCAGAUCUCAACCGUACGUGUCCCACUUGUAAUGAUUUCCACGGGCUGGUUCAGAAGAUCAUGGAACUUCAAGAUAUUUUGGCUAAAACGUCAAACAAGUUGGCUCUUGCCGAAGAGAAGAUGAAGUACUUGGAUGGCUGUUACUGUGAGAGGACCUGCACCCUGAAUGGAGAGAUCUUUAGGGACAGCGAUGCUUGGAUCGAUGGAUGCAGAAACUGCACAUGCUCAAACGGCACCGUGGAGUGUGAGAGUAUUUUCUGCCCACCGCCUCAGUGCCCCCCUGAUACCGCUCCAAUCUACAUGCCUGGAGCUUGCUGUAAAGAAUGCCAGCCCGUGUGUCUGUUCAGAGGAAGAGUGUAUGUGGAAGGUGACCGUAAGAGCGUUCACGACUCUGAGGGAAACUGUCUGCUGUUUGAAUGCAGGGAUCGAAGUAUGCGUAGGGUGGAAAUGACUUCUUGUCCAGAUCUGAACUGCCCCGAGUCAGAGCAGAUCACACUCACCGAUCGUUGCUGCAAAGUGUGCAGAGGGCAUGAUUUCUGCACCGAGGGUUACAGUCGCAACUGUGUGGAAAAUUCUGACUGCAUUAACCUAGAAGCAGGAGCUUGCUGUAGCUGUAAAGAAGGAUACCACGCGCUCAGGGAUGACAGCGCCUACUGCCAAGAUAUCGACGAGUGUGCGGAGGGGAAGCACUACUGCAGGGAGAACACCAUCUGUAUGAACACACCAGGCUCUUUUAUGUGCGUCUGUCACACCGGCUUCGUUCGUAUUGACGAUUACUCCUGCACAGAGCACGAUGAGUGUGUGCGUGGACUGAAUACCUGUGAUGAAAACGCUCUUUGCUUCAACAUAGUUGGCGGACACAGUUGCUCCUGUAAACCUGGGUACAUCGGUAAUGGAACUUUCUGCAGAGCACUGUGUGAAGGCCAGUGUCUCAACGGAGGCUCCUGUGUCGCUCCAGAUACCUGUGUCUGCCAGCAGGGCUUCACCGGGAAGAGAUGUGAGACAGACAUCGACGAGUGCUCCGAUGGGUUUGUGGAGUGUGACAGUCGAGCCACUUGUGUCAACCUGCCCGGCUGGUACCACUGCGAGUGCCGUGAUGGAUACCACGACAACGGAAUGUUCUCCGCCAAUGGAGAGUCAUGCGAAGACAUUGAUGAAUGUGAGAUGGGGAGGCACAGCUGUGCUAACGACACGAUAUGCUUUAACGUUGACGGAGGAUAUGACUGCCGCUGCCCGCAUGGUAGGAACUGCACUGGAGACUGUGCUCAUGAUGGCAGGGUGAAACACAACGGGCAGAUCUGGGUGCUGGAUGAUGACAGGUGCUCAGUCUGCUCUUGUCAGUCAGGGUUGGUGAUGUGUAGACGGAUGGUGUGCGACUGCGAGAAUCCCACAGUGGAUGUGCUGUGCUGUCCUGAAUGCGAUCCUCGUCUGAGUUCUCAGUGUUUGCAUCAGAACGGUCUGCUGGCGUACAGUAAUGGAGAAACCUGGGUGGAGAACUGCCAGCAGUGCCAGUGCAUGAGGGGCGAAGUGGACUGCUGGCCGGUCUCAUGUGCGCCGGUGUCCGACUGUGAGUUUACAGUGGUGCCGGAUGGCGAAUGCUGCCCGCGCUGCGUCACUGACCCCUGCCUGGCUGACACAGUGCGCAAUGACAUCACCAAGACCUGUGUGGACGAAUACGGCAUCAGUCGCUUUAGCGGAUCCGCCUGGACCAAACACGGCACCGAGUGCUCCCUCUGCCAGUGCAAGAACGGCCACAUCUGUUGCUCUGUGGACCCUCUGUGCCUCUAGUGCUGUUCAGAAGGCAAAAUAUAUGACUUUUCCUUUCUUCUCUCUCUCUCUUUAUCUCUCUCUCUCUUGUCUGUUUUCUUCCCCCUUCUUCGUCUCGGCUCUCUGUACAGUUUCAUCCCCUUCAGAAGAUCAUUUUAUACUGUAUUAUAGCAUAAACACAGAUAUACUGAUAGCUCAGUCACUGAAAAAAAUAAUAAAUAAAGCAUCGUUUCAGCUUUAAGCAGUGUUUACAAUUUUGCUUGCUGCGUUUAAGGCAAGACACUGCAGGUAAAUAAGAGGAAACAGUUCAUCUUUAUUUUAGGAAUGCUUUUUUAAAAGGUCCAUUUGCACUUGCAAAUAAGGAAUUAUUUCUUGAAAUGUUUGCAUACAUUUCAUUAUUUAAAAUUUUAAACAUUGAA